UUGAGAAAAAGUGAGAGGAAUCGCGUUCGGUAAUCCACUGGUUCUUAGCAGAACUGUUUCUCAAAUUGAAAUGAAAUCAAGUGAAUGAUUCUGAUUAUUUUGUUUGUUGUCAUGGUUUGUUAAGACCACAAUAGUCGAGAAUAAGACAGUAAGCGUGCUUCAUAACGAGAUGGGGGAGGAUAAAACUACUUUAUUUAUGUUAUCUGUAAAUAUACUUGUUGUAAAGUCAAUUGAAAAGGUCUGAUCUGCUGUAAGUAGGCUUAGAAUUAGGGAUUCUGAUCUUUAAAGCGUGUCCCGUUAUUUCUACUGUGCUAAGUUUACAUUCGGACGCUAAAAUCUCUUAAUUUAAUUCAUAUCAGGACGGCUUAGCUAUUAAACGUCUAUUAUCAUUUAUAGUGACAGAGGAUAUAUCACUCCGCACACGUGCUUCUCAAAAAUCAUAACAAAACAUUUUCGCAAUAUCCCAUAACUAAAAAUCCCCCUAAUAAACAUGAUUACAUUAUGGCAUGAUCAAAUAGAACAUAUAAAUCAUUUUUGUUACUUUUGCGAAAGAAUUUAAUCAAUUUGGAAUCGUGUAGAUAGCGGAGUGAGACGAUCCUGCUCGUGAGUAAUGCGGUUCAGAGGAAUAGCUGAAUCUGAUUGGAUGUAAUCUAAUGAUAUUGAGGGAGCUUUGGUUUGAGAGCUUUAGAGGUGGACUUCACUCGGGGAUAAGUCGCUCAAUAGUAGAGUUAGAACUUCAAGUAGCCGCAAAAAAAUACAACAGUAAAUACAGAAAAUAUAACAACAGGAGGAAAUCCGCUCUGCGACAUAAAGAUUACCGAGGCCGUAGUAUGGUUGAAACCGAUUUGUUCCUUUAUGGUUAUCGUAAACGACCGUCAAGGGAACGUCAAGAUUCCCUUCACGUCGAGAAUCUUCAACAACCACCAAUGUCAAUGGGAUCGAUGGCCUACCCCACUCCACCCCCACAUUCUAUGGGGGUCGGGAAAUCGGCAUACUC